CCGUCCCGGUCGCUAGAGGGCCGAACGGCGUUCUGAUAGGAGACGAAGGUAUCGCGAGAAGCCCGUCCCGGCCAGUAGGGGGCCCGUGCCUAAAGACGUUCUGAUAGGAGACGAAGUAUCGCGAGAGGAUCCGCGAUACUGUGAAAUCACCGAAACAUGGCGGCGCCUCCGGAUGAGGCGAGCUUGGAGUCGCUUAUCAAUAAAGCCACGAAUCCAAUGAAUAAAGAGAAUGACUGGGAAAGUAUCAAAGCGUUUUGGGACCUACUCAACAACGAAACAGAAGGACCCCAGCUGGCCACCCGGCUCCUGGCACACAAGAUCCAGUCUCCCCAGGAGUGGGAGGCCUUGCAGGCGCUCACGCUUCUCGAGACGUGCAUGAAGAACUGCGGAAAACGGUUUCACACCGAAGUGGCAAAGUUUCGCUUCCUGAAUGAGCUCAUCAAAGUGGUCUCACCCAAGUACUUGGGUUCCAGAGCCCCGGAACCUGUGAAGAAGAAGGUUCUGGAGGUGAUGUUCAGCUGGACCCUGGGCCUUCCCGAGGAGACAAAGAUAGCAGACGCCUAUCAGAUGCUGAAGAAACAGGGUAUUGUGAAGCAGGACCCGGUGCUUCCUCACGACACGGCCCUCCCCCCUCCCGCUCCCCGAGCCACCAGCGCCUUGUUCGAGGACGAGGAGAAGUCCAAGAUGCUGUCCCGCCUGCUCAACAGCUCUCACCCUGAGGACCUGAGGGCGGCCAAUAAGCUCAUCAACGAGAUGGUGCAGGAGGACCAGAAACGCACAGAGAAGGUGUCCAAGCGUCUGAACGCCAUCCAGGAAGUGAAGGAGAGCGUGAGCCUGCUGGGGCAGCUGCUGGAGAACUACAGCAAGGACCGCUUUUCCCACAGCCAGCAGGAGCUCGUUAAGGAUCUUUAUAACCGCUGUGAGAAGAUGAGGCCCACGCUGUUCCGUCUCGCUAGUGACACGGAGGACAACGAUGAGGCCUUAGCUGAGAUCCUGCAGGCCAACGACAGCCUGACGCAGGUCAUCAACCUGUACCGACAGCUGGUCAAGGGAGAGGAGAUGAACGGGGAGACCACUGCACCGCGGUCACUGCCAGGCAGCAGUGGCAACGCCCUCCUAGACCUCACGGGCCUGGACACCUCCCUGUCCGCCCCCACCCUGGACCCCGCCCUCAGCCUGCUGGAUGACGAGCUCAUGUCUCUCGGUCUCAACGAGGCAACCUCAAACUCCUUCUCCGGCUCUCAGUUAGGAGACUUCAACACGUUCCAGUCGUGUGACGGGGCCGAGCCGGUGGCCCCGGCCCCCCAGGGGGCGCUGCUGCUGCCCGCCGUGACCCUCUCCUGUCUCCCCGCACCCCCCCCGGCGCCAGAGGCCCCCGCCGCCCCGCCCAGCCCCCUGGACGGGCUGGACGUCCUGGGGAAGAGCCUGCUGCAGCAGUCCCUGCCCCCGGAGAACCAGCAGGUCAAAUGGGACAAAUCCCAAACCCAGUCCAAACUCACCUUGAGAGACCUCCAGACCCAGUCCCACCACAGCUCCGGCACUGCACCCAGUGCCGUGACCACCACUCCCAGUCCGAGCUCCAGCCUCCCCCACCACCUCUGUCCUAGGGACCCCCAGAGCGCCAUCUCUCUAGCGGACGUGGCGGUGCCUCUGGAGUCCAUCAAACCAAGUAGCCUGCUGCCCGUGACGGUGUUUGACAAGCACAGCCUCCGGGUGCUGUUCCACUUUGCGCGGGACUGUCCACGGUCCCGACCGGACGUGCUGGUGGUGAUCAUCUCCAUGCUCUCCUCCGCCCCUCUGCCCAUCUCCAGCAUCCGCUUCCAGUCAGCCGUGCCCAAGGUGAUGAAGGUGAGGCUCCAGCCUCCCUCGGGGACCGACCUCCCGGCCUUCAACCCCGUCCUCCCCCCGGCCGCCAUCACCCAGAUCCUGCUGCUGGCCAACCCCCAGCAGGAGAAGGUGCGGUUGAGAUACAAGCUGACGUUCAACUUGGGAGACAAAUCGCAUGACGAAUCCGGAGACGUUGAAGAAUUCCCUCCUCCUGACAGCUGGGGAAACCUUUAGUGGAGAGCACUCACCAUCCUCCCUGGGAAUCAUUCGUCGGGAGUCUGGCCAAGAAUAACCAAUCAUUUAUUUUUUUAACCGGUUAAGUGUCGGUGAUGAACUGAUGUAAGAGCGUUUCUGGAAGUAGCUUCUAACUUGUGCCUUUCUUUGUUUUUACUCCUUCAUUCCUGUGUUCCUGCUUCAGUAGACAUGUCUACUGCGUCCCUCUCUGUUGUCCCCUGAUGUAAACUUUAUCUCUCACAAGGUCAAUAAGUUGUCUGCUGGCUUCACAGGGGGCCGGAACCACGGAACGCUUCAGUCUAGACAUCUGAACAAUUCAAUGGUUUAUUAAGUGUGUCUUCAUAACUGUGGAGUGCUGUUAGAAUGAUCAUCUCUGCUGUCUCUCUGAUAUCUCUAUGAUCUCUCUGCUGUCCUUCUGAUGUCUCUAUGAUGUCUCUGAUCUAUAGGCUCCCUCUGUGAUGCCUACGAUCUCUCUGCUGUAUCUGCUGUCUCUCUGAUGUCCCUUUGAUAUCUCUCUGCUGUCUCUGAUCGCUCUCUGAUAUCUAUAUGGUCUCUCUGAUCUAUAAGCUCUCUCUGAUACAUCUCAAUGAUAUCUCGGCUAUCUCUGCUUCCCCCGAGCAUCCCAAACGCCUCCUCUAGUUCUGGAUAGUUUAAACCCAGGCCGUAGAUCCCAGCCAAAUCCUAAUCAGCCUAAAUUAAUGCCUGCAAAUAUUUGAGCUUCUUCCUAUUUCAUCGAGUAGAUCGCUGCUGGUAUGGCCAAUCAAACUCUUCUUUUUAUUUGACAGGUAUAAUAAUAUAUGAAUUAAGAGGCUUCUAUCACAUGACCUGUACUUGCACGCACUUCUCUGCUUUACGUUUUGCACUUACCAAAUUGGCCAGCCCUGGGUAUCAGAGCAGCGGGCCUGAGGUUCCUGGAGGUCGGCUGGACGCUCUGCCUCUGCCUGGCUGGUUCUCUUCUUCUGCACUCUGAUGUCUGUCGCUAUCUUCUCUCCUCUCCUUGUAAAGAAAAGGAUUAUGCAAUUAUGUACAUUUGCAAGAAAACACACAAAACGUAAAACACGUGAAGAUCAAAAAUGGCAUUGCUGAAAAAGGGGAUUAAGAGAAUGCAGUGAAUAUAUGUACUGUAUGUAAGGGAAAUAAAAUUAUUUUCUUUGGAACGAUACUUCUUUACAAGAUAAUUUAUUUGAAGAAUAAAAACCAAAUAAAUGCGC